AUACAAACAUCUGUGAAAAUUCCUCGAGGUGAUCGAUCAAGGACAUCGCCGGCGAACCUAGUCACGAGAAAAUUUCCGGUGAGGAUUUUUUAACUAGACCACAGGCGAAGAUGAGUAGCCAUCGGCGAAGAGGCGCCAAGAGCCACGAACGAGUCACCAACGACGAGAAGGAGAUCAAGACGAGGACGACGUCGCAGAGAUUUGAGAGGCGAUUGGUGAAGUACCAGGAGUUGCCGGAGUAUAUGAAGGACAACGAGUAUAUUUUGGACUAUUACCGGUGCGAGUGGCCGCUGAAGCACGCGCUGCUCAGCCUCUUCGCUUGGCACAAUGAAACUCUGAACAUCUGGACGCAUUUGGGGGGGUUUAUGAUAUUUGCGGGAUUGACGGUGAUGAGUUUGAUGGAGAAGGCGGAGAUUGGAGGCCUGCUUGGGAGUUGGUCCAGGGUUCCCGUACCUAGAACGUUGACGAACAUCUCCGACGAAAUUUUUCCUGACUCACAUUUGAGACACAUUUCAGGGUCAUCAGUACUGCAUGCACACAAAGAAGACAGUUCUGAGUCGACUAUUAUUCCUAGAUGGCCUUGGUUUGUUUUCCUAGCCGGAGCUAUGGGCUGCUUGGUUUGCAGCUCUUUGUCCCACCUCCUUGCUUGCCACUCUAAACGCUUUAACUUUGUCUUCUGGCGUCUAGACUAUGCUGGUAUUUCCCUUAUGAUAGUCUGUUCCUUCUUUGCUCCCAUCUACUACGCCUUUUUGUGCAACCCCUACUCACGUUUCUUCUAUCUUUCAUCCAUAUCCGUGUUGGGUAUCCUUGUCAUCAUCACCCUUCUCGCGCCUGCUCUCUCCACUUCUCGUUUCCGUUCCUUCAGGACCUCCCUAUUCCUCGGCAUGGGCUUCUCGGGCGUAAUCCCGGCAGCUCAUUCCGUUGCUCUCAACUGGGGCCAUCCACAUAUAUUUGUUGCCUUAGGAUAUGAGCUUGUUAUGGCAGUUUUGUAUGCUGCAGGAGCUGGACUCUAUGUUAGCAGGAUACCAGAACGAUGGAAGCCUGGUGCAUUUGAUAUUGCAGGGCACAGCCACCAGAUCUUCCAUGUGUUUGUUGUUCUAGGGGCCGUUGCACACACUGCCGCCACUCUGGUUGUUUUCGAUUUUCGCCGGGCAUCGCCAACCUGCUAGUAGCCAGACAUUUUGACACUGGAAAAGAGUACUAUUUGCUUGGCACCAGGUUCUGCUGUUGAGUUCAGUUUGUUGUGAUUGUGUUAUCUUAGAAAUGUAUCCUAAAACUAAUUAAUUAGAAUCCAUGCACUAUAAUGUACGAUGAAAAAAGAGCAAGUGCAUGUCGGAGGAUUGCCAGUUUCCUUUCCUCAA